AUGUCCUUAAAGAAUGAAGUUCAGGAAGUGUUCGAUCUCUUCGAUUUCUGGGAUGGUCGAGAUGGAUUGAUUGAUGCUGUCAAAAUCGGAGAUUUAUUGCGAUGUGUUGGACUCAAUCCAACCAUAGAGCUUAUAAGGAGACACGGUGGCACAAAAAAGGCCGGGGAAAAGCAGUUGAAUUAUUCGGAGUUUCUUGCUUGUUACGAGUCAAUUACGAAAGAGAAAGACACAGGAACCUUUAAAGAUUUUAUGGAAGCCUUCAAAAGUUUUGAUCGCGAAGGUUUGGGUUUCGUCUCAGCCGCUGAAUUGUAUCAAAUUCUCACUACAAAUGGCGAACGACUGGCUGACAGGGAAGUGAAUGAAAUUCUUCAUUUCACUGAAAUCAGAGAAAACAUUGACGGCAACUUGAAAUACGAAGAUUUUAUCAACGGAGUCCUGAAAGAAAGUCAAUCCAACUUUUAA